GAGGAGCGCGGCGAGCUGGCCCUCAAGGACGCCAAGGCCAAGGUGAUGGAGCUGGAGGACGCCCUCCAGAAGGCCAAGGCCGACAUGGCCCGGCAGCUCCGCGAGUACCAGGAGCUGAUGAACGUCAAGCUGGCCCUGGACAUCGAGAUUGCCACCUACAGGAAGCUGCUGGAGGGCGAGGAGAGCAGGCUCAGCGGGGAGGGACUGAACCCCAUCAGCUACUCCGUGAUCAGCUCCAGCUCCGGCACCGGAGGAGGGUUUGGGGGGCUGAGCCUGAGCGGAGGAGGAGGAGGAGGAGGAGGGAGCGGCUUCGGCCUCGGAGGAGGAGGAGGAGGAGGUGGAUUUGGCCUCGGAGGAGGAGCUGGAAGCGGUUUUGGCCUCGGAGGAGGAGGAGGAAGCAGCUUCGGCCUCGGAGGAGGCGGCGGGAGCGGUUUCAGUCUCGGAGGAGGAGGAGGAGGAGGAGGAGGAGGAGGAAGCUACAGCUUUGGAAGCGGAGGAGGAGCAGGACUGGGACUCGGGGGUGGAGGCGGCAGCAGCAGCCUGAGCACCAGCGGAGGGAAUUUCAGCUCCGGGAGCGCCAAAGGCGCCAACCCGGGGCCAAACCAGGCCCAGUUUCCUCCAGUCCCUCCUCCCGAGAGGAACAUUCCAGACCCCUCCUCACCUUCGGGGCCUCUCCUGGACCCUCCCCAGGAGCCUCCUUGUCCUUUUUGA